AUGGCUCCUCCACCAGCUGCGAGCUUGCCGCUCACUGAGCGCCUGCUGACGCUCGCAAAGACGCUCCAAUUCGGUUGGUUUGUUGGCCAUCUCACCCUCAUCCUGUCGACGCUGCGGUAUUCGCUCUCGUGGAUUCGCUUCAACUAUUAUGGCUUCUUUGCUCGAUUCUCCUACCGCACCGCUUUUGUCGCUGCCGCGGCGACAUACGGCAUCGUUGUGUACAAAACCUUCCGUGCCAGAUCCAAGAGUGGCCGGUUGGCAGGCGGUCCGGCCGCCCUGCUUAGCGAUGAGAACGUGCAAUAUCUGAUGCUCGCUCUCAUCUGGCUUUACUCCUCGCAGUACAUCUUGGCUCUGCUCCCCUAUACCAUCUACUCUGUCUUCCAUGUGGCCACAUACACUCGCACCAACCUGAUUCCCACCAUCUCGCCCCCCAAGCCGUUGGCCCCUGCCGCCGGUGCGUCGCCGAGCGCUAAGACCACAUACACGACUCACCCGCUGUCCGACUCCAUUGGUCGCUUCGUCAAGCAAUACUACGACUCGUCCAUGUCUGUCGUCGCUUUCCUGGAGAUUCUCCUGUGGCUUCGCCUGCUGCUUUCUGCAAUCACCUUUGCGCGCGGCUCCUGGAUCCUCAUUGCUAUUUACUCUGCCUUCCUGCGCGCCCGUUUCGCACAGAGCCAACAUGUUCAGAGCACAUUUGAGCAGAUCGAGGCUCGCAUCGACAACCUGACCGGCGCUCAGGGUAUCAACCCCGUCGUCCGUCAGACCUGGCAGACCAUCAAGACCACUGUGCGUCAGGCCUACGCGGCAACAGACUUGCAGAAGUACGUCGGUGGCGCAGCCCCGCGCAAGGCUGAGUAG